AUGCAAUUCAUGAGGGCUUUUCCUUUGUUACUUGCCUUCGCUCCAUGGCUUGCUGGCGCCUCUGCCCAGCGGUGGAAAGGCAAACGUGCCCCGGACACCGACGCUGCCCCUGAGUCUGACACAUUCAUUCGGCCAACUGCUUCAAAUCCCUCGGGAUGGAAUUCGACCCUUUCGAACACCAUACGCGGCACCGGUCCUUCAAGCGGUUUGAUCCCUAUUCUUCCUCCGUCCGCAUCGCCAACGAGAGAGUCCGAAACAUCUGAAACUUCGAGCACGUCGAUAACCACACUCUCGGCAACAGAAACAACGACAAGCACCGGCUCCCCCCUCAUAACCGAGACUAGCGAACAAGAAACGCCCACAUCCAGCAGUGCAACGGCCACGGUGACGUCCGAUGCAAGCAGCGGUGCUAUAUAUGCCCCAGGGGUUACCACUGUCACCUCGACAGUAAAUGGUACCCCCGUGCUUGUAGCGAUAGUCUCUGGGGGUGCAAUCACUUCUCCGAUAUCAGUUUCACCCGCUGAAAUCACUCCAACUGGCUCCGCAGCGAUUGCUAGUAUCAGCUCUUUCUCCUCCGAGGUCGCCAAGAUAUCUCCAAUCAUCAAGGCGUGGAUAGAUGACCCUCAGCCACCCAGAGAAACAGAGUCUCUUGAUGCGAUCGGGGCCAUCCUACCAAUUGCAGCUAAAUUAUUGACUGACUUCGGAGGUAACAGCCUCACUGGAAACAAACCGUGUCCUGGCAGCGCGAUGCGCCGAGACCUUGCCCAGAGGGGACUAUUUUCAUUUAUUGGAGACGCCAUCAGCUGUAUCACGAAUAGUCUGGGUAAAAUGGUGCCUAUCAUCGCAGGAGCAUCGCUAUUGCCGAAGCCGAAGUUAGACGGCAUCAUUGAAAAGUUAGGAGGAGAGCUGCAGAAUCUAAUGUCACAACUGGAUUCUCUAAAUGAUAAGGAUAUCUUACCAUCGAAUCCUAGCCCUCAACCAACAGGCAACGAGGGUCAACCAUCAGCUUCCAUGCCUUCAGGCGAAAUGACAUCUCCCGGACCCACUAACUCUCCGACCAUGGCUAGUACGAUAUCAUCAUCGUCAACCAGAUCCUGCGCCUCUGCAACGCCUACUUGCAAGAUAGUGUGCGACAGCGUGUCAACUGGAAGCUCGAAUUCAGCAGACUCAAACUGCCGCACAGUUUGUAAAGCAACUCCAAACAGUGAAGACGAAUCUUGCGAACCUCCAAAAACACGGAAAUUAUGCUCUUUGACAUGCCCGGAUUGUUCACCACCAUCCAUUCCUCGGAGGUCGCUCGCGGGGGUUUCCAGAAGAUUGCGAGAUUUAUUUUCGUCGUUUGGACGGCCAAAUGUGAAUUUGGAGCUAGAACAAUCCACCAAUCUCACAGAAAUCAGCGUUGUUAAAAGGGCGUUAAAGGUUCCUGGAGAAUAUGAUAAUUUCAAAGACUUCUUUCAAAGCGAGCUGCAGGCAGGGGAAAUGGUCCCUCAUGGAAGGAAAUGGGAUGCAUCAACAAUGUCACUCGUCGAUUUGCCCGCAGCAAUCAACUCUGUCUUUGGGGACAAGCCCAAAAAUAUGGGAGUGGUCAAUCUUUACGGUUGUACUUCUGUCAUAGUCAUGUCGUCAAAAGGGGCCUGGGUAUCACAUUACUGGGAGACAGGAGGUUUCUCCGCAAAUCCGGAUGCCGAAUCCCAAGCGAUAUUCCAGGAGAAUGUUUUAGGUCCUCUUGGAGAUGGCUGCAAAUUCCACGGCACGCAAAUAAGGCCGAAAAUGCUGUCUGACCCCGGACUCCUGCACCUCGCAGGGGGGGAUCCGCCGGGGAUGUUUGCAGCAGAAUUCAGCCCCGUGGCGUAUAUAAUCACGCCUAGGACAACUGAGGGAGGGAAAAUGUAUUCGCCUUGCAUUGAUCAAAUUCGUGACAGGCUCCAGGAGGUAGUGCCACAAGUUCAAAUCCACGAAUCCACCUAUUUACCAGACGAGGCAGACCCAUUAAUUACCAACCCCCAGCGGAUAAUUGGCAUUACUCACCUUAACGGCAAGGCCUUAUUUCGUUAUGAUCCAGUACAGCGGGUCGUAGACGAGGGGUGUCAAAAGCAGCAGAUCGCCAGAAUGGAACUUUGGCAUGAAGGUAAUCCGACGCCGAUUUUCACCAGCGAGUGGCCUGCGCAUCCUGAGCAAACGGUGGCCACUGGCCACGCAAGGAGAGACGAAGAUCCUGCAUGCUCACUCCCUGUGUCAUCAAUAACCAUGGCAGAUGGUACAUCGACUUCGGUAAAUAUUCCAAUAGCAACAAGCAAUAUACCCGGGACGGCCUCACAGCCAACACAAACCAUCUCUGGAGUGCUUCCUGGCACGACCAUGCAGUCUGAACCUGUGCCACUCCCAACCACGUUCGUUACCGCAACAUCCAUUGCUGCGGCGCCACCACCACCACCGCCUCCUCCACCUCCUCCACCUCCGCCGUUCUCUCACGGAACUUGCAAGCUUAGUAUUCUCCAGCAAACAGAAGGUGCCGACAAUCCGGUUCAUCUGCACACACGCAUCUUCGACGGAAGCGGUGCUUUUUUAAAGGGCCGCACAUUCCCAUACCGCAACUGGGGAGACACAGUCACAAUUCCCAUGGCAAUUUCCCAAUUGCCAUACGACAUCGACGUCGAGCUCACAAAAGCAGUGCCGGAUAGAGGUGCAUGGUUGCCACCCUGGCUCGAUCCCGACCGCGCCGUGCCUGUGUGGCAGAAAUGGACAGUGAAUAUCAAUGCGGGAGGAACCAGGUGGUCGUAUGGAACGACAAGAUGCCGUGAACGAUGA